UGCCCGGGGGGCGCGGUGAGAGUGGCCGCCUGUCCUAUGGGAUGCCCGGGGGGCGCGGUGAGAGUGGCCGCCUGUCCUAUGGGAGUCGCGGUGAGGGCGGCCGGGCUCCAGGCUGUGAUUCCGCGAUCCUUCCGUCCUCAUUGGACUAUGUUCCGGUACCGUGGACAUGUCAGCGAGUAGUGUGUACGGGCAGCACAGGAUGCCGCAGCCUUGAUGGAGGAGGGCACGGCGAGGGACUGCACGGAGAGCCGCUUCAGGGCGGUGCUAGACCGGAUCGGGGGGCCGCAGCGGGUCCUGCUGGUCGGGGAGUUGUGGGAGCGGGCGGAGAGCCGGGCUCUGCUGGAGAACUUUCUGCGGGAGUUGUUCCCGGCAGAGCUGCUGAAUGGAGGGGACAUAUUUAAGGAGAAGGGGCCGUCUCCUCAGGAAGCCCCGAAACACAACACUAACUGUACGGAGGAGAAGCCGGGCCCCGGCCGCCCGCAGAGCCGCACGACCCGCUUCGGACUGGUAUUCUUCCUGUGCCGCCCGGAAUCCUUAGCUCUCCCGCCAUCACAGCGUCAGAUGAGGGAAAUCCUGAGGGAUAUUCGGAAGCGGCUGCCUGCAGGGGGCGUGGUGGUCGGAGUAGUAAUGCUUCCCUGUGAAAAGGUGAAUGGUCCGGAGGCGAUCACUGAGGAGACCCCUGUCUGUGCCGAGUCCGCGGUCUCCACUCUCCUGGCCCUCCUCCGCUCCGUCUUCCCGUUAAACAACAAGGAUGGACGGUGCUCUGAAGUCCGCGCUGCUGCGCUCACCCCCGGAGACGAGGACAGCCGCCGGGACGUGCAGAGGACGGCGAGUGAGGCGCUGACUGCGGCAGAUGAGCAAAGGAGGCAGAAGCCAAACAUGAAAUCCGGAUGCUUCUCAUGGAGACGGUGGAAACAGGAGGAUGCUGCUCAGAAAGAACACAUGGAUGAAGGAACAGCCUUGACUGUCUUGAGCCACCCCAACGGAGAUUGUGCUGAGAAUACAGCUGAUGCUUGAGAUCUCCGUGGAGAAUAAACAGCCCAACUAUAAAUAAAGUGUUUAUCUGCAGAAUUUGCAUUACUAUUUUGUCAAGAUGACUUGUAAGGCAUGUCCUAUACCAACACUGCAGUAACUGAUACUGAACUGUAUAGACAAUGUUCACUCACUUCCGUUACAAACCGUCAACUACUUCAAUUCAUUGUGAACAAGGACGUAAUUAAUAAGUAAUGUAUGUAAAGCCCCUUAUCCAUGUACUGCAUUAGGAGUCUUAAGUGCAAAAACAAUAGUAGUAUAAGUGAUUUUCGUUUUGUUUUUAUAUUUGACUGCUGGUUGUACUGGAUUCAUCAAUCACUCAUGGUCAUGCCAAGAGUGCUUUAAAAUAAAAAUUCUGCUGCAGAAAUGUAGCUAUGUUUUACACUGUGGUGUUCUCCACACCAUAAGGGUCCGUUCACACGAGCAGAUUACCUGCAGAAUUUCCGCAGAGUAUUUGCUGUCGAAAAUCCACAUGGGUUUUUGCUACCAUUGACUUCAAAUGGGUCAGCAGAAAAUCUUAUUUUUACCGAAAAAGGAACUGCGUAGAAACGGAAGCCCCUAAAAGUUACAAAAUGAAAUUUUUUCUUCAAUUUUGUCGCACAAUGAAUUUUUCCAUUUCGCCGUGGAUUUUUGGGUGAAAUGACUGUCACUGCAAAGUAGAAUUGGUGGCGCAAAAAAAAAGCCAUCAUAUGGAAUUUUAUGUGCAAAAUUUAAAGCGUUAUGAUUUUUAGAAGGUGAUGAGGAAAAAAUGAAAAUGCAAAAAAGGAAAAACCCUGCAUCCUUAAGGGGUUAAAAAAGAAAAGAACUUCAUGUGGCUCAUACAACAGCUGAUAAGUACUGGAUGAUUCAUAUUUUUAAUAGAAGUAAUUUACAAAUCUGUUUAACUUUGUGGCACCAGUUGAUUUAAAAAAUGUUUUCCAGUGGAGUACCCCUUUAAGGUAAAAAAAAUAUAUAUAUAUGAAAAACGUGAUCACCCCUUUAAGAGCCUUGUCGAAUGCAUUUUAUUUUUCAAGCUAUAGCUGUUUUUUUAAUGUAUAAUAUCUAGAGGUCUAAACACUUUAUAGUAAGCAAGUGUUUUGAAAUCAAAUGGGUACUAAAAUUUUUUUUAGGUCUUUAUUAGUCAACUGGUGCCAGAAAGUUAAACAGAUUGGUAAAUUACUUCUAUUAAAAAAUCUUUACCCUCCCAGUACUUAUUAGCAGCUGUAUGCUACAGAGGAAAUUAUUUUUGGUCUUGUCCACAGUGCUCUCUGCUGACCCCUCUGUCCGUGUCAGGAACUGUCCAGAGCAGCAUAGGUUUGCAAUGGGGAUUUUCUCCUGCUCUGGACAGUUCCUGAUAUGGGCAUCAGGUGUCAGCAGAGAGCACUGUGGACAAGACAAAAAAGAACAUUUCCUCUGUAGCAUACAGCUGCUAAUAAGUACUGGAAGGGUAAAGAUUUUUUAAUAGAAGUAAUUUACAAAUCUGUUUAACUAUCUGGCACCAGUUCAUAAAGGAAAAAAAAAAAAAAAGUUUUCUGCCGGAGUACCCCUUUAAGGUGUUUAACAAUGUAGAAAAUGUAUUCUGACAGCUUGUGUGGUGUGAAGUGGUGGCCAUGACUCAGAUGCAGUAACAAAUUUCCGGAUGUACUACGGGAUCAUAUGAUGUGUAGCUGACGUUUGUAUACUGUGUAUGAAUCUACUAGUAAAGGUGACAUAUUUCAUAAAACACAUUUAUCUCUUAGGAAUACAAAGGUCAUGUCUGGGUGUGUUUCACUAUCUGCAAAGGAAGAAAGAUUAUUUCAAUACAUAAUUCACUGGAGGGAGGGUGAAAUUAUAAGGCUUUAGUAUCUUUUCUGCUGUAUUUUGGGACACAUUCAAUUACAAAGUGGUCUACACCAUUAAUUUGGGCCACAUUUUUAAAUUAUUCACUCAUUUCAUUUUGUUUUCCCAUGCUUGCCCAUCUUUUGAAUGCAC